GCAAUUCACAAUAAUCCCAACUUUGUCCACAGCGCAACACUUUGCAGCAUUUGCAUGCACGAUCUUACUCUUCCUCUUCACUAUAAUAAAAAUCAACAAACGACGCCAUUUUUCUAAAUUCCUCCUCCUCCUUCUUUCUUCUCUGUUGUGAAACCCUAAUUUGAAGCUGAAAUUUUCAAUUGAAAAUGUCGUGGUUGAGAUCAGCCAUGAAUAAAGCGGUGGAGGUUGGGAAUAACAACCUCACACGCACUGUUAAGAACUACGCCGACUCCGUCGUUCAACACGCCGGUCACGCAGUUGCCGAGGGCGCUAAAAUCUUACAGGAUCGCAUUGGGAAUAGGAACUUCAAAAGCUUUAAACAGACGGUCCAAAGAUUGGAAGAGGCUUCUAGUUCUUGCAAGGGACCAGAGAGAGUUCAGUUGAUGAAAAGGUGGUUAGCUGCACUUAAGGCAAUUGAUAACAUGUUUGAGGUUUCUGUUGAAGAUAAAGAGAAGAACAACGAGCAGCAGCAUUCUUCUGAGGAACCAAGAAAACAAUCACUGGUUCUCUAUUAUGAUUCUGAGAUGGGUGGUGAGCCACUGAACUUUCGUGAUGUCUUUCUUUACAGUAAAGCUUUGGAGGGCAUAUCAAUUUGUAUGAUUCUUGAAACGCCAAAUGAAGAGGAAAUCUCUCUCCUCCUUGAAUUAUUUGGACUCUGUCUCACUGGAGGAAAAGCGGUUCACAAUGCAAUAGUCGGCAGCAUCCAGGAUCUGGCAAAAGCUUUCUCAAGCUACAAAGAUGAAGUAUUGGUAAAACGUGAGGAGCUAUUGCAGUUUGCAGAAAGUGCCAUCACAGGGUUGAAAAUUAACGCAGAUCUUGGAAGAAUUGAUGCUGAAGUCUCCACAUUGAAUAAACAACUUGAAGAAAUAAAAACAGUAAAGGAUGCAAGUGAGGGUCAUGAAACAAUUUCCAAGGAGACUGCUGCUUCAAUAGAGGCUCUGAAAGCGGCACUCGCACAUAUUAGAGUCUGCUCCAGAUUAGAAGGGCUUCUACUGAAGAAAAAAACUCUUAAAUAUGGGGACUCUCCAGAAGUUCAUUCUCAAAAGGUUGAUAAGUUGAAACUCUUAUCUGAAUCUCUUGCUAGCUCCACCAACAAAGCUGAAACGGAGAUCUCAGAUCACAGAGUUCAGAAAGAGGAAGCACUAAAAUUUCGUGUUGCCAAGACCGGUGAAGUUGGUGAAGUAGAGAAGGAAUUAGCAGCCGAGAUUUCAGCUCUGGAGAAACAAAGGAACGAGAUUGAAGCUCAAUUGAAACAGGUCAAUAUCUCCUUGGCAGCAGCUAGUGCGCGCCUUCAGAAUGUCCGAGAAGAGAGGGACCAAUUCUAUGACGCUAAUGAUGAGAUUGUUGCUCAUCUAAAAACUAGAGAAGACGAGCUAUCAAAGUCCAUUGGCUCAUGUAGAGUGGAAGCAGAUGUUCUUAGUUCGUGGAUCAAGUUUUUGGAGGACGCUUGGGCUCUUCAGUCCUCUUUUACAGAGACCAAAGAGAAGGAGGCCAACGUUGAAUUGGAAAGGCAUGAAGAUUAUUUUGUGAACUUGGUCUUGAAACUUCUCUCUGCUUACGAGAAAGAGUUGAGGCCUUCUGUUGAUCGUAUUAGAAAAUAUGUGGAGAACUUAAAGAGUUUAGGUGAAGGCAGCUCAGCAGAAGAAUCUGGUCUGGUUUCUGGGGAAUCAAAAGCAUUGAUCCCUAGGAAAAAUCUGGAGUUGGAGUACCUGGACUAUGAAGCUAAGAUUAUCACCACCUUCAGUGUAGUCGACAACAUGAUGGAACAGUUUUAUGCUCAACAAGGGAAAGUGUCCAGGAAAGAUGAGCCAACGAUUAAAGAGCUGUUUGAGAACAUUGAAAAGUUACGAGAAGAAUUUGAGUCUAUUGAGAGGCCAGAACUGGAAAUGGAGGUCCCGGAGGUCCCUACCCAAGAGGACGCUUCAUCCCAUAAAAUUCCUGAUGAAAGUACACAUACUGCAAAGAAGGCAACAGAAGCCCCUGCAACUGCAACUUCUACCAAACCGGAGCAGGUAUCUGAUGCCCCAUCCUAUAAAAUGCUAGAUGAAAGUGUAUCAAUUCCUGCGAGGGAGGCAACAGAAGCCCCUGCAGCUGGGGAAAAGGAGGAAAAGAAACCAGCUGCUACUAAAGCCGUGCAGGUGUCUGAAGCAGAGUUGGCAAAAUUGGAAUCUGAAUCUGAAAACAUUAACCAGGAUUACUCAGCAGAAGAGAUUGGUGGCUGGGAAUUUGAUGAGCUGGAAAAAGAGUUAAAUCUUGGGGACUCGGGCAAACCUCAGAAAGAUAGAAACACCUAAACACAAAACACAGAAAUCUUUGAUCCAUAUCGAAUAAUGAAUGGACAGUCAUGUAUGUACACCAGGAUAAGAAACUUCCAGACCGAACCUCCUAACUUGAGCAGACUUUUCCUUACAAGUUGUAUCUUUGGAUGUAGUUCCAUGUAUUUAUUAUUUGUGUAAAUUUGCGAAGUUGUGAAAGAACUGCAUUGUAUCAGAACCAUUUAGGAACUUUGUUAGGAUUAUAACAGUCAAAUGUAUCUUCAUAAUGCAACAUUCAUGAGUCUGUGAAGAUCAGGUAUACUUAGCCAAGUCCACUUCUAAUGCCAAAAUACAAAGAAAUUUUGGAUGCAAUAUCCGUUGAUGAAUUA